AUGUCUAUAGUCGUGGUCAAAUUUCUCGUAUCAAGUUUACUUCUUUUUGGAUAUACAUGUCAAUUAUGUCUAACAACAGUCUGUACACCAUCGAUAUAUUUCAAUUGGUUUCUCGUUGUUACUGAUUGUCGUUAUACCUACACAUAUAUACUUUCGAGUUAUACAUUUGCCGGCGGUGUUCUCGUAUCAUUAUCUUGGACAGUCAUAUCACUUCUUCAUUUAGUUGCCCAUCGAUUCAGAUCUUAA